ACAAUCAAUGUAAAAAACGACACGGACAAACAAAACAAUAAGACUUCUAAUCAAGAAAAUGUAUAAACAUGGUACUAAUCAUUACUAUACUCAAUAUUAACAUAAAUACAUAUGUAAAAUAUUCAUUAUUUUACCAUACACAUGUCUUCACUGUAUAAUAACUCGGGAGUCAUGGUCGAGGUAUAUUAAUAUAUAUAUAAUUAUAUAUCUUUAAUUGUGAUUAGAUAGUAUUUAUCUAUUUUUAUCUAUAUUAAUGCUAUUUAGUGUUUUGAUAAGGCUGAGGGAUGAUUAAAUAAAGGAGUUAUUAAAGUAAAUUGUUUUUCGCUUUUCAUUGUAUUUAAAUAUUUAAUGUUUAUUUAUUAUAUCGAGUUAAGUUUUAACGGCUUACGUAUUAGCAUAUCUGUCUUAAGAAUUGUAUUAUCAUGGUUUUAUUGAAAAAAAUUUCGUCUUGGUGCUUUAAUAACAUUCAUGAAAUAUUAAACAAAAGACUUGGAGCAAUUUGUAUCCUGACUCAUAAUCAGAUAAAAAUUCGUAAAAAGAGUUCAGUUUUAAUGAAUGAAGUCAAUGAGCCUAUUUUUGAACUCACUGAAGACACACAAUUUCAAGCAUUAGAAAAUGCUGUAACACCGCUAUGUCGAAUCCCAUAUGAUAAACAAUUAAAUUUUAAACAACAGUGGACUAACAGAAUUAGCAGAGAAAUUCGAAGUCGAGUACACAAUUUAAAAACACCUAUUAGACUACCCAAAGUCUAUCCCAUUUCUCCAGCACCACAGAUAAACAAAUACCGUAAUAAAGAUGAAUUUAAUUUCCGACCGGGUAUAGAUGGUAACCCUAAAACUCUUGGAUUCUUUGUGAGUGAUCCUAAAGGAAAUAUUUAUUGUAUUCCUACCAUGAAGCUAAUAAAUAUGAAAGAAUCACAUAAGAAUAUUGCUCAAGUUUUUGAAAAGUUUGUUAGAUUAUCUGAAUUACCUGUUAGUCAUGAUCAUCUGGAUGGUGGCUUUUGGAGAGGAAUUGUUGUGCGAAGUAAUGUAAAAGGAGAUAUAAUGGCUAUAGUAAUUGCCAAUCCUAGGGGCUAUACUAAUGAAAUCAUGUUAAAUGAACAAUUUAAAUUUAAUGAUUAUUUAAAAUGUAAUGACAUAGAUAUUCAUUCAUUAUAUUUUCAUCCUAGUUUACAUACAAGGAGUUCAAAAGAUUCGACUUUUAUCCUUGUUGAUGGCGAUAAGUUCAUAUAUGAAAAUUUAUGUGGGCUUAAGUUUAGAAUAUCUCCAGAUUCAUUUUUUCAAAUCAAUACUUCAGCGGCCAAAAUUUUAUAUGAUCAAUUAUUCAAAUUAACUUCUUUAUCAAAAACAUCAACACUACUUGAUUUGUGUUCAGGCACUGGUGCUGUAAGUUUAAUUGGCAGUGAACAUUUCCAAUCUUGUGUUGGUAUUGAAUCUGUAGCACAGGCUGUCAAUGACGCUAAAGAAAAUGCAAAAAUUAAUAAUAUUCACAAUUGUGAUUUUAUAGAGGGAAAAGUAGAAAUAGUUUUGAAUCAAGUUUUAAAUGAAUUAAGCAUGAGCAAUGAAUUAUGUGCAGUUUUAAAUCCAGGUCGUGCAGGAGUGCAUCCUAGGGUAAUUAAUGCUAUUAGAAAAAAUCGAUUAAUCAAUAGUCUGGUGUAUGUAUCAUGUAAAGCUGAUAGUCCAAUAACUAUGAAAAACAUUGUAGAUUUAUUAAGGAAUGAUAAUAAAACUGCCCCUUUUAUUUUAGAAUCAAUUAAACCAGUUGACAUGUUUCCUCAUACUAAACAUUGUGAAUUGAUGUUAAUGUUUAAGCGUUAGAAUUAUUAUAAAAUUAAUUGUUUUAUAUUAUAAUGUAUAUUAUAUUUAUAUUUA